AAGACGCCAAGAUGGCGGCGAGCAGCUCUUCCGGCUUCGCACAGGGCGCCGGCCCGCAGUCCAGCACCCAGCCGCCCCCAGCCUUUCCUCUCCCGGCCUCCGGGGCCAGUUACUCCGUGCAGCCGGCUCCCGGGAUGGACCCCUCUCUGAACCUGGCCUUCGCCCCGGCAGCCCAGCCACCCAGCCCUGGAGCCGCCGCAGGGUAUGGCUGCUACCAGCCCCACUCUGGCCAGGACCUUGGUUACAACAACCAGCCCCAGGAGCCUGUCCCCGGGCCCACCUCUGCACCCACCUAUCAGGACACUUACAGCUAUGGACAGUCGACGGCCACCAGGAGCUACGAGGACAGACAGCACUACGAGGCUGCUGCCCAUCAGCCUGGGCCUGAGGCUUCGGACUCGCUCUGCCAGCCAGGACCGAGCCACCCGAGCUAYGGGGCGUGUGUGUACUCAGCAGCCAGCGCUUACUACCCUCCGCCGCCCCCCCAGACACAGCCCUCGCCCCCCUCGGGGCCUUCUCAGCAGCUGCAGCCACUGCCACCCCGGCAGCCUUCCCCGCCGCCGUCUGCACCGGUGGGCUCAGUCCCAUGGGGUGGCCCAGGAAGCAGCCCUAGGGACAGCUCCGCUGGCAGCUUCCCUGAGAAGUUUCCCAGCAGGCCACCGAGGCCCAAGGUGGGCCCCAGGCAGCCCCAGCUCCACUACUGCGACACCUGCAGGAUCAGCUGUGCGGGACCCCAGACCUACCGGGAUCAUCUGGAAGGACAGAAGCACAGGAAGAAGGAGGCGGCCCAGAGGACGGGCCUGCAGCCCAACGGCAGCCCGUGCGGGGCGCAGGCCCAGCUGCACUGUGGCCUGUGUGCUGUGUCCUGCACUGGGGCUGAGGCCUACGCCGCCCACAUCCGGGGAGCCAAGCACCAGAAGGUCUUCAAGUUGCACACCAAACUGGGGAAGCCUAUCCCCACCAUUGAGCCGACGCCCAGGAGCCCUGCCCGCAGCAGCAGACCUGGCCCCCACACCUCGGACAGCGCCUCCGAGGCCUCCACCCGGCCUUCGGCCUCCGCCACGACCAGCCUCCACACUCCAGGCAGGCCAGCCCUGGCCAAGAGGACCGUGGCCUCCAGCGCCCCGCGGGAGGGGCCUCCCAGGACACAGGCAACACGAAGCAGGCCCCCGGAGGGGAAACCAGCUCGGCACCAGUCUGAGGGGCCAGGAGAGCCGCCCUCCCGUGGAGGCCCAUGGGAAGCUCCUGGGGGCUGCUCAGAUGCGGAGCCCGUUGGCCCCGACUACGUGGAGGAGGUGUGCAACGACGAGGGGAAAGUGAUCCGGUUCCACUGCAAGCUGUGUGAGUGCAGCUUCAACGACCCCAACGCCAGGGACAUGCACGUGAAGGGGCGGCGGCACCGGCUGCAGUACAGGAAGAAAGUGGACCCCAACCUCCCCAUGGCCGCCAGGCCCAGCAGCAGGGUGCGGAAGCUGCUGGAAGAGCAGAUGAGGAAGGAGCGGCAGCGGGCCCAGCGGCGGCUGGAGGAGAUGCGGAACUGGUGCUCGGAGCUGAGGCACCAUGAGACGCGCUGCAGGCAGCCAGAGGAGGAGCCGCGGCCCCAGGACAAGGAGCAGCAACCCACCUCGAGCGACUGGGCCCCCUCGCCGGUGCUGGGCAGGCUGGGUGUGCCAGCAGUCCCGCUCCCGCCCAGGCGGCGGCCAGAGUCCAGCGAUGACCGGCACGUCAUGUGCAGGCACGCCACCAUCUACCCCACCGAAGCGGAGCUGCUGGCCAUCCAGAAGGCCGUGUCGCACGCAGAGCGGGCUCUCAAGCUGGUGUCCGACGUGCUGGCUGAGGAGGACUGGGGAAGCCUGGAGGAGGAAGGCGGCCAGCGCAGCAGCGCUGUGCCCUCGCCUCGGGUCCUGAAAGGUGUCAUGCGGGUGGGCAUCCUGGCCAAAGGCCUUGUCCUGCGGGGAGACAGGAACGUGCAGCUGACCCUGCUCUGCUCCGAGAAGCCCACUCACGCCCUGCUGCGGAGGGUCACCGAGCAGCUGCCCCAGCAGCUCCUGAUACUGACGGACGACAAGUACGAGGUCUCCUCUGACCCCGAAGCCAACAUCAUCAUCUCCUCCUGCGAGGAGCCCAGGAUGCAGGUCACCGUGACCCUCACUUCUCCCCUGAUGCGAGAGGACCCCUCUGGGGGCCGAGAAGGAGCAGAGAAGCCUCAGCCCGACCCAGGAGAUGUCCUGAGCCCCGAGAGGUGCCUGGAGUCCCUGGCCGCCCUCCGUCACGCCAAGUGGUUCCAGGCGCGAGCCAGCAGCCUGCAGCCGUGUGUGAUUGUCAUCAGGGUCCUACAGGACCUCCGUCGGCGUGUGCCCAGCUGGGGGGCCCUGCCAGCCUGGGCCCUGGAGCUGCUGGUGGAAAAGGCUCUGAGCAGUGCAUCCAGGUCCCUGGGCCCUGGGGACGCCGUGCGGCGGGUCCUGGAGUGUGUGGCAGCUGGUGCGCUCCUAACAGAUGGGCCUGGGCUCCAGGAUCCCUGUGAGAAAGAGCAGAGGGACGUCCUUGGGUCCAUGAGCCUCCAGGAGCGGGAGGACGUGACAGCCAGUGCCCAGCACGCCCUGCGCAUGCUGGCCUUCCGGCAGAUCCACAAGGUCCUCGGGAUGGACCGGCUGCCGCCCAGGAGCAGGCCUGGGGCCCGCUUCCGGAAGAGGCCCCGGGAGGCGGGCCUGGCCGAGGAGGGCCCGGGUGAGAGGAAGCGGGGCCGCCAGGGGGGCACGGGGCUGGCCUGAGCCUCUGCUCACCUGGACAGGCCUCGCGGCGGACAGGGCCUCCUCCUCUGCAGUGAGGUCUGUGCCUCCGCCGCGCUGGGUCUCACUGUCCUGGGAACUUAGCUGCCCGAGGCCCUGGGAGCAGCCCGCUGCCCACCAGCGGCCGGCUCAGUGAGCCAGAGGGGCGUCCCGUGGCUUCACCCGCUUUCUGCACAAGAGUGUGGGCUGCACGUGGGGGGCGGGGCGGGAGCAGGUGUGCAGGGGCCCCAGGACCUCAGCCCCACCCCACCCUGCUGGGCAGCCUGGGGCCGGCAGGGCCACAGACAGGCAGGUGCUGCCAAAGCACACGAGGCCACAGCCCCAGGAAGACCUGUGCCCCUCAGCCACUCCCACCCAGCACCGCCCUUCCCGAGUGCCUUCUGCAGGGGCCGCUCUGUCAAGGGCUCUGUCACCCCCGCAAGGCCUGGAUUCCUCCUUGGGUUCCCCCUGAUUUUGUCCCACCAGGGCCUGAGGCAGGUGGUCCCCAGUGCUCCCUCAGGGCUCCAGCCCAGAAAACGCGGGGCCAGUGUGGCUGUCCCAUGGCCCUGGGGACACCGCCUGCCCGGUCCUCACCCUGCCCCGUUCAGACCCCUCCCUCUUCUUUCCCAAUGGCGUKGAGGAUGACAAGUCCCUCUGUGCAGACAUGGCCUGUGGUCAUGCGACUGCUCUGACUCCGUCUCUGUGCGUUUGAGGGACGGCCCGUGUGUGGCCCGUGUCUGGGCCUCGGGAGCCACUGGAGGCUGGUGGGGAAUAAAGGCGCCUCUCGUCCG